UUAAUNAUGCAUAGACGUAAGUGGUUCUAUAAGUAUCAAUGGAUAACCACGAGAUGUUCGGGAAUUCAGGAAGAUGUCGUGUUACGUCAUGCAAGAAAAUGUUGUGCAGCCGAACCUCACGGUCAUUGAAGCAAUGACAUUCGCCGCCGACCUGAAGCUUGACAAAAGAAAAUUCCGAUUUGAGAAAUGCGUUAUCACAGACGAGAUCCUGAAUACUCUCAGAUUGUCUGCUUCACGAAACACAACCUCGGAGAAACUGUCCGGUGGCGAAAAGAAAAUGCUGAUGAUCGCUCUCGAGCUAGUGAAAAAUCCACCAAUUAUCAUUCUUGACGAACCGAACAG